CAGGCUCGCAAGGGGUCUUACUCUCUGACCUUUCCCCCAUCUCGCUCCGACGUCCAGAGGACCUUUGUACAGCUAAGAUAUCAUGGAUAUUGAACAGUUUCGCAAGGCAGGCUACCAGGCCAUCGACAGAAUAUGCGAGUACUACUACUCCCUCCAAGACAAGCCCGUCCAGUCCCAGGUCGAACCUGGCUACCUCAGAAAGGCGCUCCCCGACGCGCCGCCGGAUGUCGGCGAAGACUUCCAGGAGAUCGCAGAUGACUACCAGAAGCUCAUCAUACCUGGUCUCACGCACUGGCAACACCCGUCUUUCUUCGCGUACUUCCCGACCGGCUGCACGUAUGAGGGCAUAUUAGGCGAGCUGUAUGCGACGAGCACCGCGAACCCGGGGUUCAACUGGUCCGCAAGUCCUGCGUGCACCGAGCUGGAGGCGGUGGUAAUGGAUUGGGCAGCGAAGUUGCUGGGUCUGGAUGCAGCAUUCUACAACGCGUCGGAGGUGGGUGGGGGCGUCAUCCAGACCUCGGCAUCCGACAGCGCCCUCACCACAGUCGUCGUCGCGCGCUCGCGAUACCAACGCGCCUCCCCCGAAGUUUCCACCCAGCAGCUCGUCAUCUACUGCACGACGCAGACACACUCCCUCGGCAAGAAAGCCGGUCUCGUGCUCGGGAUACCCGUGCGCGCGCUGGAGGUGACGUCCGAGGACCGGUAUGGGCUGCGUGGGGAGACGCUGCGCAGGGCGCUGGAGGAGGACACGGCGAGGGGGCUGAGGCCGUUCAUUCUCAUCGCGACGGUGGGCACGACCUCGUCAGGAGGCGUUGAUUAUCUCGAGGAGCUCGGGCCAGUAGUUGCUGAAUACCCCUCACUGUGGGUGCACGUCGAUGCUGCUUGGGCAGGUGUCGCGCUCGCAUGCCCAGAGUUCCGCGAGACGUGCCAGCUGGAAGCGAUCAACAAGUACGGCGACUCCGUCUGUGUGAACUUCCACAAAUGGGGCCUGACCAACUUCGAUAACUCAUGUUUAUGGGUGCGCGAUCGCACAGACCUCAUCAACGCGCUCGACAUCACCCCCGAGUUCCUCCGCACGAAGCACGGUGACGCAGGCACGGUCAUCGACUACCGCAACUGGCACCUUGGCUUCGGGCGACGCUUCCGCUCGCUCAAGUUCUGGUUCGUUUUGCGCUCGCACGGUGUGCAGGGGUUCCAGGACUACAUCCGACGUACCAUCCGGAUGAACGACAAAUUCAUCGCACUCCUCCGCUCCUCGCUCCUCUUCAAACUCGUCACAGCCCCCUUCCUCGCGCUCACCGUCUUCCGCCUCGUCCCUCCCGCUUCCUCCCUGCCCCUUUCCGUCUCCUCUCCGCCACAACCAGACGCAGACUCAGACGCAGACGCCGAGACAGAAAUAGAAACAGAAACAGAGACAGACUCAGCCACCGCACCACUCAGCGAACCCCAGCUCAACGCGCUCAACCGCGCCUUCUACGCGCGCGUGUGCGCCCGGCCGGACAUCAUGCUCACGCAGACGGACCUGCUCGGCACGUUCUGCAUCCGUCUGGCCGUCGGCGCCGCGCGCACGUCUGAGAAGCAUAUGCAGGCUGCGUUUGACCUGCUCACUGAGGAGGCGCAGGCGACGCUCAAGGAGUGGGAUUGGACGGGUGCGGGGGUGAACGGGGUGAAAGAGGUGAAUGGGAUUAACGAUGUGAAAGAGGUGAAUGGGAUCAACGGUGUGGAAGCCGUCAACGGAGUCAAGGUUAUGAUUAUGAACGGGGUCAACGGGGUGAAUGGGGUGCACGCAGAUGAAGUGGAUGAGCCGGAUGAGGCGCGCGAUCUGUAGACCGCGAUGGUAUCUUUCACGUUUUCGAUCUAUGACUUGGCUUGGCUUAUUGUAAAC